AUGACUACCAAUACCUCGUUCGCAAUGAAAUGGACAGGGAUUGUGACUCUGCACAAUGAAACAUUUACGCUAGGUGGGCAAGGCGACUGGCACCGGUGUUUCAAAAUCGAACCGGAAAAUGACCUUGCGCGGCGAUUUGGAUCUAGAUUCAAGAUCACCGUUGAAAGAGAAUCAAUACUUGAAGAUGGCGAUGUCGUUGAAUUGUGCGGUGACGUAGCUGCGCCUAACAAUAGCGGCGAUACAUUGGUGAUUACAUCCAGUGUGUCGAUCAAACGGCAACCAGAUUGGAUUGCGAUGUCCGGUUUACGUGUCAAUGUUGUAGAAGUUGCUAGUCGCGGACUUGUAACAGAUCGCAUAGUGACGGACGGAAAUUGGACCUGUCUCAUAGUAGAACACAACGUUUGGAUAGGUUUGUGGGGAAGACAUUUAACUUACAGCGCAGUGUAUGUGGAUAUUGGCGAUGGGGUAUUGCCUUUGGUACCUAAUGCAUGCGCAGGAGUGGUAGUAAUAUUGCAAGGGGAUGUGUUGGAGUUUUCCGAGCGUGGUAAUAUGUGGGCAAUACAUAAAGUGGAGCGUUGGCAAUGUACUGACCUCAAUGUGCCAAUUAUCAUUCGCCGGAUGGCGGUCAAUGACAUUGCCCCGGAGACUGAUAACAUUGCCAACGUUGAGCGCUUCAAUGCUAAGGCCCACAGUGAUAUGCGCAGGUCGGUUCAUGGUGAGAUUGUGGUAGGACCACUCUACAAUCAAUCCAACACCCUGCGUGGUUACUUUAUUGAUCAGGCUUUUGAGUCGGAUUUCGCCCUCGUCAAUGCAAAUGGUGUUGGCGGAAUCCUCAAAUAUCGUCGGCAUGUGGGAAUCGGGAUUCACAGCAAUUCUCCAUUGAGUAACGAAUUCAAUUAUGGUAUAGCGUUUAAAGAUGAAAGAAUGAGUCGUGGAUGUCGGUAA